AUGUUCACGCUACUCCAAUGGAACCUUAAUGGUUUUUUUAAAAAACUUGAUGAACUAAAAAUUAUUAUCACAGAAACCCAACCAGAAAUAAUAUGUCUACAAGAAACAAACUUUAAAUACGACACCUCAGGAAAAUUACCAAACUACACUGGAUAUAGUAAAUACCGAACCACCGGGGCAAGAGCAAGUGGAGGUGUAACAAUAUACGUAAAAUCCGAAUUUCCCUGUAAAAUUAUCAAUAUAAAUACGCACCUCGAAGCCACAGCAGUAACAGUCAAGUUAAGACAGCUAGAAAUUAACGUGUGCAAUAUGUAUAUUCCUAACCAACAAGACUUCACACAAAACGACAUAGAAAAUAUUCUUAACCAAAUACCCUCACCCUUCAUUAUCAACGGAGACUUUAAUAGUCACCACACCUCAUGGGCAUCCAAGAGCACCGAUAGGAGAGGAAAAGAAUUUUACAAAUCAGUGGAUAAUGAUAAUAUAGUAAUAUUGAAUAACAAUGAACCCACUCACAUAAACAUAGCAAACGGUUUAAUGUCCAACAUCGAUUUAUCACUUUCCAACUCAGCGCUAGCACAAAGACUUAAAUGGAACGUAUACAAAAACAUUACUAGCAGUGACCAUUUUCCCAUCAUCAUCAAAUACCUAUCACGGACCAACGACUCUACCAAGGGUGAAAGGUGGAACUUAAAAAACCCCAAUUGGUCACUAUACUCAGAACUAUUGGAAGAGGAAAUUAAUAAUAUAAAAGACGUCGAAACAGUAGACAUCAAUACACUAGUAAAUACGUUUACCAACUCGAUCAUACAAACAGCAAAUCUAACAAUAGGCAAAUCAACCACCAAUAACAGGAAGCUCAAAGUACCAUGGUGGAACCAGAAAAUAAAAUCCGCAAUCGAAGAUAAAUAUAAAGCAUUAAAACAAUUCAAACUCUCAAAAACCCAAGAAGACCUCAUAGAACUAAAAAAACAUAGAGCAAGAACCAGAUAUUUGAUAAAAUACAGCAAGAAGACAUCUUGGGAAAAUUUCACAAACAGCAUAAAUGAAAAAACCGACACGAAAAUAGUAUGGAAUAAAAUCCAAUCCCUUAAAGGACUAAAUAGAAAUAGAAAAAUCAAUCUGAUUAAUAUGAACACCGACGCACUAAUUAACGAAGAACUAGUAGCAAACCAAUUGGGGGAAUAUUUCUCUCAAAAUAGCAGUAAUACCAAUUAUACGACACAAUUUCAAACUUACAAACAUAAACGCGAAAAAGAAACUAUUCCAAACACUUUAGAUCAAAACCAAAUAGACCAAAUCCAAUUAAACCUACCAAUCACUAUGCAAGAAAUUAUAUUCACUCUAACAAAAUGCAAAAGCCAUAGCCCCGGCCCUGAUAGCAUACCGUACAUUUUUAUACAAAACUUCGGGCCAAACUCCCUAAAAUUAACUUUAACGAUAUUCAACAGAAUCUUCACUGAAGGCUUUUGGCCAAGUACAUGGAAAAAAUGGUACGGUAAUACCAAUUCCAAAACCUGA